AUGAAGCAUCAUAUUGCCCAUCUCUUCCUCCUUCUCUUGAGUAGUCCUGGGUGCAUUGCCGCGGGUCCCUUGCCCAUCCCGUGGUCGGACAAAUCGUACGGGCCGGAUGGGCCAUGGCAUGCAGUUACCAUCGCUCUAGGUUCGCCCCAGCAAGCAAUCGACUUGUAUCCCGGGGGCAGUUGGGGUAGUGGAAUUCUCCUCUCUACGAUCUGUCGGAACGCUUCCCUCUCAUCCAUUUGCUAUGCCGAUCGAGCGGGAGGGCUAUUCAACAGCGAUCUCUCAAGCAGCUGGGACAAUACAUCCAUUCAGUUAUCUCUUAUGAACACCGACAGGACAAUCCAACCUAUGGGCGUUGCCAAUGAGGUACCCCUUUAUGGGAAGGUAGUGCGUGCAUUCGACGAGCUCAACAUUGCGGACUUUUCAAUACCGGAUGUCACGCUGAACGCCUUCUCCGAUGUCUACCAGGUAUACCCAGGGGGUAAAGCCUACCAAGUCGAAAUGGGACAAAGCUUCACGGGAAAUCGCACCAUCGAGACGACAUUCACCCCUAGUUAUCUCUAUGAGUAUGGUGCCAUCCCUUCAUAUUCUUACGGCAUGCACAUUGGCUCCGUACCCCUGGGGAUACCAGGCUCGCUAGUGCUGGGCGGCUAUGACCAAAACCGGGUGUUGGGUGAUGUUUCGGCGCAACCGUACUCGAGUGGCAACCUCCCAAUUGAUCUGCUCGAUGUCAAGAUCGGCGUCAUCAGUGGUGGCUCGCCCUGGACAUACACAGAUAAAACCGGUCUCCUCGGCCACGGAAACGCUUCCAUUAACUACGGCGUCACCGUUUUUGCGAGCGGCGCCGACCCCUACAUAUACCUCCCACACAGCACAUGCGAGGCCAUCGCGGCCGAGCUCCCUGUUACCCACCAUCCCGAUUACGGCCUUUACUUCUGGAACACCGAGGACAAGCGCUACUCCGAGAUUGUCAGCGCGCCAACAUAUCUGGGGUUUACGUUCAGCAAGAACUCGCUCAAUAAUGCAAAUAUCACCAUCAAUAUACCAUUUUCGUUGCUAAACCUGACGUUGGAUGCGCCUCUCGUCGACAAACCUACACCAUAUUUCCCCUGCAUGGGCACAAAUGGGAACUACGUGCUUGGCCGAGCAUUUAUGCAGGCUGCUUUUGUCGGCGUCAACUGGGGGCCUCAUCAGGGCAGCUGGUUCCUGGCGCAGGCUCCCGGCCCCAACAUCCCCGGCACCACGACAGUGACAACGAUCAAUCCUUCCGAUAACACGGUAAAGAGCAGUUCUAGCGACUGGGAAAGCAGCUGGAAGGGGGUGUGGAAGGAGCUACCUGCGACCUCGGCCGCGAACACGAGCACGCCAACCCCGUCGGAAGACAGCUGUGGAUUGUCUACGGGAGCCAAAACCGGCAUCACCAUCGCGGUGGCGGUGGCAGCAGCAGUUGUGGCCGUUUUCGCCAUGUGGCGGUGGCUGCGGGGCCGUCGACAACCUAUGCUGGCAGCUGUGCCAAAGCAGGAAAGAAAUCAGGAGCAACUGGUACCUGAUUUAAAUCCACGUAAUACCCUAACGCCUUAUUAG